GACCCCUCGAGCUUCAUGGAGCAGUUUCAGCACAGCAGUUAGCUAAGGCAGUACAAUUAUUAGUUUAUAAGUUUCACUGACACGAAUUUGGGUUAAUGUGAACUUCCGAAGGGAAGUAAAAAGCCAUGACUGUAGUAAUCGGAUUUGAGGGCAGUGCCAAUAAGAUCGGCAUAGGAAUCAUCAGGGAUGGUGAAGUGCUUUCCAACCCUAGACGGACCUACAUCACGCCUCCUGGUCAAGGGUUCAUGCCGAGCGACACUGCCAGGCACCACCGUGCUGUCAUACUGACUGUCCUCAGGGAGGCGCUGGAGCAAGCAGGGCUGAAGCCUGCAGACAUCGACUGUGUGGCAUACACCAAAGGUCCUGGUAUGGGUGCCCCCCUGGUGACGGUGGCUCUGGUGGCUCGUACAGUGGCACAGCUUUGGGGGAAGCCGCUCCUCGGUGUCAACCACUGUAUCGGACACAUUGAGAUGGGCCGACUCAUCACAAAAGCCACCAACCCCACGGUGCUUUAUGUCAGUGGAGGGAACACACAGGUUAUUGCAUACUCAGAGCGGCGGUACAGAAUAUUUGGGGAGACCAUCGACAUUGCAGUUGGCAACUGUUUGGACAGGUUUGCUCGAGUUCUAAAGAUUUCCAAUGACCCCAGUCCAGGCUACAACAUCGAGCAGAUGGCCAAAAGAGGGAGUCAGUAUGUGGAGCUGCCCUAUACGGUUAAAGGAAUGGACGUCUCAUUUUCUGGGAUUUUAUCCUAUAUUGAGGAAGUUUCUCAUAAGAUGCUCAGCUCUGGUCAGUGUGCAGCAGAGGACCUGUGUUUCUCCCUGCAGGAGACCUUGUUCUCCAUGCUGGUGGAGAUCACAGAGAGGGCCAUGGCUCACUGCGGCUCUCAAGAGGUCCUCAUCGUCGGCGGCGUUGGCUGUAACCUACGUCUGCAGGAGAUGAUGGGGGUGAUGUGUAAGGAGAGAGGCGCCAAGCUGUUUGCCACAGAUGAACGAUUCUGCAUAGACAACGGCGCGAUGAUCGCCCAGGCCGGCUGGGAGAUGUUCAGGUCCGGUCAGGUGACGGAGCUGGAGGACUCGUGGAUCACACAAAGGUACAGAACAGAUGAGGUGGAGGUGACGUGGAGAGACUGACUGAUGGACUGAGCAACAUCUUGGUGCUACAGAUGCUGCUGCAGCAGGUCUGUCAUUAUAACUGGUUUAAAACGCCUGAAGACCUCUGAAUUUACACUUCAGCUCAGGAAAAAUGAAACAUUUUGCCUUUCCUGUCCUUUUCUGCUCACCUGCAGUGCAGUUCAAAGCUGCACAAGGAAUCCUCACUAUUUAGCUGCUGCAACUGCCCGCAGCAGUGACAGGUUUAUUCAGAUUUUCACAUUUUGGAGACGUUUGGUAUCUGCUGAUGCUUCAAGUGAACUACGGACUCCUACACAACAUCUUCUGGUGGAAAGAAAAUUCUGACAAGCUAAGCGAUUAAUGGUGCGAGCAGCUCUGCCUGGCUGAACCACUGCUGAUAGUGAGCAACUUUUGUUUUUCUAUAUUUCCUCAUGUAAGCUCUGUUAAGUGCAGUGUUUCUCUGGCACUAUGGAUUUCGGACAAAGAGUUAAUGUUAAUAUUCAGAUACAAACCGUGUAUUGGUGUCAGUUAAGAGAACCACGUGAAUUGAACUGAAAAUAAACAGGACUAAGGUGGAACUUGUAGAGUUUAUUCAUUUUUAUUAAGCAAUACUGUUCACUUACAUUCCUCCUCUUUCUCCAGUGUAAAUUUUUUUUAUUCAAUAAAUUUUCUUUUCAAAAAUCAA